GGACAGACCCCGCAGUUGCUGUCCGCCUCCCGCAGCAACAUGGCGUCGUCACUCUCUCAGGCGCUGCUUUUCGCCGCGCUCCUGUGUGCACCGCUGGAGUCACGCGCCCAGCGCGAGCCAAACAUGGCACCCGGGCGCAACGCCAUCGUGCACCUCUUCGAGUGGAAGUGGAACGACAUCGCGGCCGAAUGCGAAAACUUCCUUGGGCCGAUGGGCUACGGGGCCGUGCAGGUAUCGCCCGUGCAAGAAAAUGUUAUCGUCAGACAAAACAACGAGAGACCGUGGUGGGAGCGCUACCAGCCCAUUUCGUACCGCCUGGUGACGCGCUCGGGUAACGAGGAGGAGUUCCGCCGUAUGGUCAAGCGCUGCAGUAAAGUCGGCGUGCGAGUCUACGUGGAUAUAAUCCUGAACCACAUGACUGGUGAGCAGCAAACGGCCAUCGGUACCGGAGGUUCCACUGCGCAUACUUCAAGCAAAGAUUAUCCUGCCGUGCCGUACUCCAGCAACAAUUUCCACCCGACUUGCUCCAUUAACAACUACCAGAACGCCAACGAGGUACGUAAUUGCGAGCUAGUGGGACUUAAAGACCUAGACCAGUCGCAGGAGGUGGUUCGAGAGAAGCAAGUGGAAUUUUUGAACCGUCUUGUCUCCAUGGGGGUAGCUGGUUUCCGAGUCGAUGCAGCGAAACACAUGUGGCCCGAAGACUUAAGAGCGAUCUUCCAGCGGGUGAAGAACCUUGAUGAAUCCUUUGGAUUCGCGUCAAACGCCCGGCCUUUCGUAUACCAAGAAGUCAUCGAUUUAGGUGGUGAGGGCGUGUCGUACAAGGAAUACCUGGACAUCGGCCGCGUUCUUGACUUCCGCCACAGCGCCGAGAUCGGGCGUCUAUUUAAGGGAGAAAAUCAGCUUCGGUGGCUCGUUAACUGGGGCCCUGCUUGGAAUAUGGCAAAUGGUGACGACGCCGUGGUGUUCGUGGACAAUCACGAUAACCAGAGGGGGUCCGGUGCGGGUGGCGACAUUCUCACGUACAAGAACGCGAAGCACUACAAGAUGGCUGUGGGAUUCAUGCUAGCUCACCCACACGCGCUCAAGAGGGUCAUGUCUUCGUUCGCUUUCGACUACAGCGACCAGGGCCCGCCCACCACGUACAACGAAGAGCUGCGCAGUCCGACAUUCAAUGCUGACGACUCUUGCGGCUCUGGCUGGGUGUGCGAGCAUCGCUGGAGGCAAAUAUACAACAUGGUCCGCUUCUCAAACGUAGUUACUCUAACACCGCUUACGAACUGGUGGGACAAUGGUAGCAACCAAAUUGCUUUCUGUCGUGGAAACAAGGGGUUCGUGGCAUUCAACAACGACGGAUACGACCUCGAUCAGUGGUUGCAGACUUGCCUACCAGCGGGCGUGUACUGCGACGUCAUCUCCGGCAACUUAAAGGAUGGACGCUGCCUCGGCAAGUCGGUGCAAGUUUACGAGGACGGCCGGGCUCGCAUUAUCUUGAAGAUGAACGAAGAGGACGGACUACUGGCCCUUCACGAGGGAUCCAGAGUUCCAGUGGCCGCUGCCGCAGCUUGAGACAUCUCUUUAAACGCAUUACUUCUGAAACCACUACGACGAUUCUAAAUAGAUUCCUGAUUUGUCGGUUUUUCAAUAUAUGGUCAAAAUAUAUCUACAAAUAUUCAACUACA